UGAGCUUCAUGCAAGCGUCCCUGAACGUUAAAAAUUUAAAAUUAUAGUGCUUACAAUGAGUGCCAAAAAUAUAAACAAAAUAUUUGAAGAGGUGCAGAAAAAUGAAGCCUGUCACCAGAAAUAUCUUAAAAUGUUGGAUAACAUAUAUAAGAAGAUACCCUUUGAGGAAUUCGUCGAAAUGUUUAUGAAUAAUAUUAAAAGGGUCUUUGUAGUCAAUAUCAUCGAACGAAACCAUUUCGUCCAACGGCUGUUGGAUUUCUGCGCUCAGUUUGUGGCGCUAAUAACAAAACAAAUUGACUAUGGGGAUGAUCCUAUGAAUGAUGAACCUUCACAUCCUUUUUUAACAGUGAUUGUUAAGGAAACCUUGAAGUUUCACAAUUUGGUGUAUGUGGAAGCAAGAUACCAUUCAUGCAAAUUCAUAACUUUAAUAUUGCAACAUUUAGGGUAUCAAGUACAAUUGGACAAUGAUAUCUGUGAUACUAUUCAAGAAGCUAUGUUGGAUAGGAUAGUGGACCAUAAAAGCUCAAUACGAAUACAAGCUGUUACGGCUUUGGUUAGACUCCAGGAACCAUUAAAUCCAGAUUGUCCAGUUGUCAAGGCCUAUCUGACAGCAUUUUAUGACAUAAAUUUGUGGGUGAGAAGAGAGGUGGUUAUGAGGGUGGCUCCAAAUGCCAUAACAUUGACAAAAAUUAAAGAAAGAGUUCUUGAUGUGGAGGCCCAUGUUCGGAUAGCUGCGUUCCAACGGUGCGCCGAUAUCGGGCCUAAAUCGUUUAAAAUCGUCGAAAGACAGUCGAUUUUGAGUAGUGGUUUCAGUGAAUCAAACAAACAAGUGCGGAAAGUGUUCAUUGGGAAUUUGUUGCCAAAAUGGUUGACUUAUUAUAAUGGGAACUACUUACAGUUCUUAAGUGCCUUAAAGUUGGAUGCAGAUGAACAUGAUAUUGAAGUCACUGCCAGUCUUAGUAGACAGGUUAUGGAAGUAUUUUUUCUGAAAAAUCCAAUAGACGAUAUAAUCAAAUCACUUCCAAUAGAUGAAAACAAAUUGAUACCACUACAAAAUCUCACAAGUGAUAGUGUCUUGUAUUGGUGUAUUUUGGUAAAUUUUUUAAGAAAAUUGACCUCGGAUGACGGAGAAGAAUAUCUUGAACGUAUUUUACCUGAGUUUACACCAUUUUGUAAUUAUAUUGACAGUUUUAUAAAAAUGAAAAUGUCCAAAGUAAUGGACGAAUGGGAAACUUUCGACUUCCAAUUUAUAUUGUAUGAUCUCUUGGAAAUGGCGGACCAGUUCGAUACAUCAGACGAGGUUGGAAGAAGAACAUUCUUGAAAUUGGUACAAGAUCUAUUGCCCAAGUAUAGAUUUUCAAAUAAGAUUACGAAGAAACUGGUCGGAGUGGCGGAAAAAUUAAGCAACAGCCAAAAUUUCACAGUGGACAUGUGCAAUAUCAUAUCCGAAAUUAGAGAACCGCUUGUCGAAGAGGCCCCAUCGACGGAAAAAUUAAAACAAUGGGAAUUUGAGAUGGCCCAAUUGAAAGUGAAGGCCAACAUACUGCGGGGCAACAAAGAAGAUGCGAUCGAUAGAGAAGAGUAUACCGAGAUCGAAAAUAUCAACAAGGAACUGUCAAAAGUGUGCGCCCAGAUCGAGGAACUAAAGGCGGUGGACUACAGCGAAAAGGUGCGCGUGGUGAAGGACGAUGUGGACACGUUGUGCCACUGUCUCGAUGUCCUGAUUGCCACGCUCGAACAUCGGAACGUUAAAAAAAUGUCACCGGCCCUGCGCACCAUCUACACCGAGUUCGUUGUUGGACUGUUGAAUUGUCCGAACGGCGAGGUUAACUGGCGUUUGCUCAAGUGUCUGUCGCUUUUCAGUAUUAUCGACAAGGAGAUCGCCAAGGAGAACGCGAAGAUCUUGGCAAUACCGAUUGCGACAUAUCGUGCGAUUCCGAAUUUCAACAAGCAAGCACUGCUAGUUUCUGUGGCGGCGGUCAGCGAUCUGGUUCGUAUUAACGGUCUAGAACUGUACGGUGACGGUAGGGACAUGACGAUGGCAGAAACGACACAGGCACACAACACCACGAGACGUCGUCUCUAUCGCAAUGAGGACAUGGACGAUGUGAGCCUCAUCGAUCCCAAUCGGAUGAACGUGCACUUUCUUGUCGAGAUCACGCUAGACAUGUUGGACGAUGAGAAUGACGACAUUCGGAAUGCAGCAAUAGAAGCAUUAGCCAAGCUUAUGCUCGACAUGUAUCCAGUCAACAGCCAAUUUAUAUCAAGAAUGAUCUUAAAAUGGUAUAAUCCAGUUUCAGGCUAUCUCCAUGGUGAGUCCAGUGUGUCAAGCAGAACAGCUAAACCACGGAAAGCGGACAAUGAUAAAUGUGACGUGGUGCAGCAGAAGUUGGGUUUGGUCAUCCAGACUUACGCGAAAACGAUUAACGGGGCGAAGGAAGUUAUUGAACAGGCGGUCAUACCUAUAUUAACUAUCAUUGCCAAUGCUCCUAAGACCAGUCCAUUAGCGGACAUCGACGUUGAUAACAUCCUUAAAUUUCUUGCCGCGCUUACAAGCACUGCUGGAACGGGCAUUGUAAAUAUACACACGAAUAUUGCUCAUUCGUUGUUGAAUCAAGUAGCAAGUAAACCACAUGAUAACUUGGUGCCAUAUAUGACAAAGAUGUUACGCUAUUUGCAAAUACCAAUCGACAAUAAUACGACAAUUAAAGAACUCAUUCGCGAGGCCGAACUCGCAUAUGAAGAUAUUGUCGAUAAAGCGCCCAAAAAACACAUAAUUAAUUUCAUCAAGAAACUGAACGAUAUUGAUAAAAUUAAAGAACAAACAGCACUUACGGAAACAUCCAACACUAACGAAAUCAGUUCAAAUAAUGGUACAGAUGCUCAGAAUGUACAAGAACUUAUGGAAGCAUCCAACACUAACGAAAUCACUUCAAAUAAUGGUACAGAUGCUCAGAAUGUACAAGAACUUAUGGAAGCAUCCAACACUAACGAAAUCACUUCAAAUAAUGGUACAAAUACUCAGAGUGUACAGGAACUUGGUACUACUUCUUGUCCAGAUGUAAGUGAAAGCGAAAAUGAAUCUCAGCAGACGUCAGAAAAAUUGCAUUCUUCAAUGCAAGUUGAAUUGUCUUCCAAAGAAAUCACAAAUAAUAACUCGGAAGAAAUAACAGAAGAAAACUGUAUACCUGUAAAUACUCCAAAUAAAUCAAACAAUGAACAGGAAACACAGGUUUCCAAACGAUCAAGUGAAGAAAAAGAAAACAGCGGUCCUAGGAAAAGAGGAAGGAAACCUAAACAUUUAAAGUCAUCGCUGAAUGAAACCAACAGUUCAGUAAAUUUAAUGCAGAAAAAGUUACUUAGGUCUAGCACAAAAACCGAUAAGGAUUCUUUAAGUAAUAUAAAAAAGCCUCGUAUAAGAAAAUUCACUUCAAGUGAUUUAUCAUCAGCUAUUGAAAAGUCUUUAAAUAAAUCAGUACCAUCAAGUAAUGAAAAUGUCAGUUCUUCAUCAUGUGUGACAUCGGCAGAUCAAAGCAUAUCGGAAGGUUCAGGUUCAAGAACGUCUACUAGAUCUAACACUAAAUCUGUCGUGAAAUUGUCAAAGAAUACAAAGAAAAUUAAUAAGAAAUUAUUCACAUCAGAUAACUCGCAUAAAAAUAAAAUUUCGGAAAUAUCGAUCUCAGUAUCUUCUUCAAGUAAGCCCGCAACACAAAAUACUAAUUCUUCAGACACAUCAAACAAAAAAAAUUCUUCAUCUGAAAACUUGAAUCAAAGUAAGGGAGGAAGGAAAAAACUUAUCAAGAAUAACCUAUCAAAAAAACUGACGAUGUCCUCGUCACAUAUUUCUAAUAAAACUACAGUAGCUCAAAGUCCUCAAAGAAACAGCCUUCCAGCAUCACUAAGUCAAUCAAGGAAACGAUUAUCCCAACGGUCCCUGUCUAAUUCACCACUUCAUAAAAAGGCCAACAAUUCACUCGAGACUGUCAGUCCGGAUAGCUUAUCAGACGGUACUUUUGUCGCGGACAAAGGUAGGAGAAAGACUAGAUCUUCACUGAAAACAACGGAUGAACGUUUGGACAAAACAACGGUAUCGACAUCGUUAGUAUUCAGUUCUAAAACCACCAGUACGCCGAACGUUACCAAAGAACAAUCAAAAAAUAAAAUGAAAGAAUUAGUGGUUGAUUUAGAACUGUCUAGGAUUUGCGAAGAAAGUGAAAAACCAAAUUCAUCUAUUAGAGUCGAAAAAGAAAAUCUAUCUUCUAAAAACAAGAAUCAAGAUAAAUUGACAAACAAGCAAAUUAAAUUAAAGGCAAAUGAUAAAAAGAUGAUGAUUCCAAAACCAAAGGGUAAUUUGAAUCACAUAUCCAAAGAAAAAAACGAAACAACAAUCAGAAGUUCAAAGAGGAUUAAAAAUACAUCACUCUCAAAAAAUGAUGGUUCCUCAUCGACCAAACGAAAAAAAAAUGAAGAAACAUCAUCAGACGAUUCAUCUCCACUUCGAAAAUCUUUAAGGACGAGAAAACGGAUGCACUGCGAUUAAAUACUUAAUUUUCACAUUUGUUAUAUAUACUUUAUUAACUUACUUUUGUAAAAUAGUUGUAGUAUAAUGAAGGUAUUCCAAGGUUUGGACCUUCAAAAAUAAAUGUACAAAUUAGAGAUAUAUUUUGUCAAGAGUUUGUUAUCAUAUAUUUAUUUUUAAGUAAAAACUUUAUAAUUCAUUUUAUGAAGAUUAUAUCAUUUCUUUAUAAAAUGACAACAUAAUUUAAAUACAUUGUAGCAUGGUUUUUAAAAAUUAACUUUCUUAGACUAGAAUUGUUUUUCAAUCAAUUUCAGUGCUAGGUAUCACUGAAUAAAGGUAUUAAUAUAAUAUGAAUAAUCAUCAAUGAAUCUACUGAUCUGAUUACUUUGGAUUAUUUUAAAAAUUGUUAAAAUUGUAUAUAUGAUAAUAAAAAAAUAUUUAAGUCUG